AUGAGCUUCUACCCCGAUCAAGCUACAUCCGUGAUCGUCCCGGCCGAUUUGAGACCCAUCCACACAAGUCGCCUGUAUCUACGACCACUGACGGUAGCUGACGCCACGGCCAUUUUUGAGAUCCGCCGACGACAAGACGUAGCGGACUGGCUCUGGCCCAAAGUGCCAUUGGGGAGGUUCUUCUUCGCCAUUAUCCGUUCCGAGGACUCGUCACAGACGGUUAUUGGAGGAGCGGGAAUCAAUGCUCUUAGUCCAGCCCCGUCAGUGGGGUAUAAUAUCCAUCCUGACUUCUGGGGCAAGGGCUAUGCCACUGAGGCCGUUGCUGGUAUUGUAGAUGCGUGGUGGAAGCUUGACAGGAUAGAUUUCGACGGGGCUGGAUCGGAUUUGAAAAAGGAGAAGCUGUUUGCGGCGUGCAAUAGAGCGAAUGUUGGCAGUGUGAAGGUGCUGCAGAGGACUGGGUUUAGUAUCUACCGCGAGCAGUCGAUUGAAGGUGAUGUGGUUGCACUUUUUGAGUUGGAAAAGCCCAACAGGUAG